UGCGUUUGGGUAAAAAAAUAAAAAUUGGUACUUAAUAAUGAAAAAAAAAAGGAGAAUGAGGUGGCAAACAUUGAUUGGUUGCUAGAAGCCAGUUAAGCUGAACCUGACCGUUUGUAAUCGACCGUCUUAAAACCCUAAACUCCCUAGGCGCCCCUUCCCCUGCUUUGCCUCUUUUCAAUAGCGAAAGCUCAAAGUUACACAAAGAUUGGAAAAAAGGCUGAUACGGAGGAAGAAUCUUCGCAGAUGGAAGUAGAAGAACAAAAACAGCGACAACCUGUUCAGAAUAAUCAAAGCUCAACCAUGAGAUUUGGUCUAAAAAAUUCUAUCCAAACCAAUUUUGGCGACGACUACGUUUUCCAAAUCGUCUCCAAGGAUGAUUGGACUUCCAUGGCGGUAUCAUUGUCAACUAACUCUGUGAAACUUUACUCGCCAAUGACGGGUCAAUACUUUGGAGAGUGUAAGGGACAUUCCUCUACUAUCAAUCAUAUCUCUUUCUCUGGUGCUUCCACUCCUCAUGUUUUGCACUCUUGCUCCUCUGAUGGAACCAUUAGGGCGUGGGAUACCAGAACUUUUCACCAAGUUUCGUGUAUAACUGCUGGUUCUUCGCGAGAGGUCUUUAGCUUCUCGUUUGGAGGGUCAGAUGAUAAUCUUUUGGCCGCAGGAUGCCAAUCCCAGAUAUUUUUCUGGGAUUGGAGGAACAAGAAGCAAGUUGCAUGCUUAGAGGAAUCCCAUGUGGAGGAUGUUACUCAGGUUCAUUUCAUCCCUGGCCAUCAAAACAAACUGGCUUCUGCUUCUGUUGAUGGAUUGAUAUGCAUAUUUGAUACCAGCGGAUAUAUCAAUGAUGAUGAUCAUCUUGAAUCUGUUAUCAAUGUGGGAACUUCUAUUGGGAAAGUUGGUCUUUUUGGGGACUCUUCUGAGAAGCUCUGGUGUUUGACAAAUAUUGAGACCUUAAGUGUAUGGAAUUGGAAGGAUGGUACAAAUGAAGCAAACUUAGAGGAUGCUCGAACAUUAGCAUCAGACAGUUGGACAUUGGAUCAUGUUGAUUAUUUUGUUGAUUGUCACUGUUCUGGAGGAGAAAAUUUAUGGGUGAUUGGUGGGACUAGUGCUGGCUCUUUAGGUUAUUUUCCGGUAAGGUAUAAAGGAGCAGCAGUGAUAGAACCCGCAGAAGCAGUUCUUGGGGGUGGCCAUAUGGGUGUUGUUAGGAGCAUAUUGCCUAUGUCAAACUUGCAUAGUGGACCUGCUCAAAGCCGAGGCAUUUUUGGAUGGACUGGUGGUGAGGAUGGUCGCUUGUGCUGUUGGAUGGGCGAUGAUUCCCCGGAGAUCAAUCGAUCCUGGAUCUCAAGUUCAUUGGUCAUGAAGUCACCACGAACUCACAAAAAAAGUAGGCAUCAUCCCUACUAAAUAUUCACGGGUCGGCUCAUGCUUUGUCAUCUGAUAGCUCUCUUGGAACUUUAUCAUUUCCCUCAAAGUUUUCCCAGUUCAGCAAGAAGUGUUGUGAAUUAUCAGUACCUUAUGUAAGAAAGCACUAGAAAAUGAAAAUCUUCUACCAUUUAAAGCGAUAGUUUCAUUCUUUUUUUUUUGUUUUUGUUUUUUCAGCAGAUUAGCUUCUAUGAAGGGGUAGCCUUCCACCCUUUGGAACGUCCUCUUACUCCCAUCCCCAUCUCUCUCUCUCCUCUCCUCAACAUGUGGUCUAUCACAAAUUUGGAGCUCUGUAAAUUGUAUUUCGAGAAGACAAAUAAAUUCAUUCCAACUAGUAGGCAGGUGAUAAGUCUCAAGCAAGUCGACAACACAACGGCAGAGAUAUAAUCAUUUAACUUUAACGCAUAAAUUUUACAGUAAAUUGUCUUACAAGAUACAACGUCGAUGAGAUAAAAGGGCAAAAACCACAACACAACAUCCUUAACUGAGUUCU